AUGGACAUAGCUGCACUAACCACGCUGCUACAGGCACUGGAGCACAGACGGGAGACGGAGGAUAGACAGAGGGAGGAGAGAUACACGGCGCUGAUCGAGAGGGUCGGUCUCGGAAACGCACCCCAAACACCAGCAAUACCCGUGAUGGCGCCUCCUAAAGCGCGGGCGCAAAAGAUGACUGCGGAGGAUGACCCGGAGGCGUACUUGGUUGCCUUCGAGCGGUUGGCCACCACUGCGUUAUGGCCAAAGGAGUACUGGGCCAGCCAACUGGGUCCCUGUCUGAUAGGGGAAGCCCAGGCAGCGUAUCAGGCUAUGACCAACGAGGAGGCUAGCCAGUACGACCUUGUCAAACAGGCCGUCCUCCGACGCCUGAAUAUCACGGGGGAGACACACCGGGUGCGGUUCCGGGAGUAUCGGAGGCCACGGGAGACCCGCCCCAGGGUGGUCGCGACUACUGACCCCUCUCGUCGCGCCAAUCACCCGCGGAUCAGUGCCCUCGUCUCUCCAGUUGGGAACCAGACCUCCCAGAUCACCAACCUCAAUGGGCCGGCCCACCUCCUUACCAUGGAGACAGCGGUUGGCCCCCAGCUGGGGUGCCAUGAGCCUGGACACAUCGCCCGCUUGUGCCCCGCGGCAAUGGAGUGCAACGUGGCGACAUGUUAUCUGGCAUCUGAAGCAGGAAAACAAAGAAAGAGAGACGGAUCGAAAAAUGGGAAGUACGCCACAGUGGUAAACCCUCUCGUGAACCUCACUAAAAAGAGUGCACCAAAUUUAAUUAAAUGGACAGGGGAAUGUCAGGGGGCCUUUGAUACCAUUAAGCAACGACUCUGCCGAGCCCCCGCCCUGAUCACACCAGAUUUUGAUAAGGAAUUCCUCCUCCACACCGACGCUUCGGAUGUUGGUCUGGGGGCGGUCUUGUCCCAGCAGGUCGACGGAGUAGAACACCCCAUCCUCUACAUAAGCAAGAAAAUGCUCCCUCGGGAGCGCAACUACUCCGUCAUAGAAAAGGAAUGUCUGGCCAUUAAAUGGGCCACUCAGACCUUACGCUAUUACCUCUUGGGGCAUUCAUUCAAUCUCGUCACUGACCACGCCCCACUCAGAUGGUUAAGCACGAUGAAGGAUAGCAACGCCCGGAUAACUCGGUGGUAUCUGGCGCUGCAACCCUUCAUGUAUUUCAUGACACACCGUGCAGGGAAAGAUCAUCAAAAUGCGGAUUACUUUUCCCGGGAGGGGGGUGUAAUGGGUAAGGUAGAUUCAGCCGAGUGUUCCUUCGGCUCCACUCUGAGCGGUGGGAUAUGUGACAGAGAGCGAAUGAAUCCGAAGCAACAAUCUCCCUCUCGACCGGUGAGGGCACUGUACAACAGGAACUGCGGGCUUCGUACUGAAUGGUUGGGCAGUUCAUUCCGGGGACAGUCGGAAGCCGGCCAUUCAGGAAGAAGGCGGCGUUACGGUACCUGGAGUCAUCGCCCUAGUACGACGGCUGAUUCGAAGCCGGAGCUGUAGGGAGAAGCCAGCCCGGACCUGAACGCACACGAGCACCAGCACUAGCACUCAGAGCACCGCACCUGCACCAGAGCACACUGUCUGGAGACGUGUGGUUGUGACUGUAUUUCUUGUUUUGUGUGUUGGAAUUAUUAUUUCGGGACUGCAACCCCCCUUUUGUUUUGUCGCUGGCAAUACCCAUUGCUGGGUAGAGCCAGCUUUAUUAUUUGAA